AUGCCGGUAGCCACCAGACAGCGACCUGGUCGGCAGGCGAACAGUCGAGCUGCGAAUGACAAUGAGAAGGCUUUGCCGACCAGCAGCGAUGGGUCUCCGGCGGAAACCCGGCGCAGCAAGCGUCUCGGUCACGUUGAUGUGGAAGACAUUAGGGAUUUCGAGGCCAUACGAGUGAAGAGAAGGCGAAGAAGUCGAAGGGAUGUGGAGGAGGAAGAAGAAGAAGCAGAAGAAGCAGCAGCAGCAGAAGAAGAAGAAAAUCAAGGCAGCGACGGAGAACACGGUCAAGGCGAGGAAGAUGAAGCCACAGAUGAUACUGGUGAAAGCAUAGCUACCCCUGUGGUACCAGAUGUACCGAUUGGACAACCAACUGCUAAAAAACGAGGCCGGCCGCGAAAGACACAUGGCAAUCUCCGGGUAGAUACAUUACGUAAAGAAGCAACGAAUACCCUUCGUACGAAUGCUCGCCGCGGUGAAGAAGCGCAGACGACCCAAGAUUCCGGUCGACCUACGACGACGAAAGCGACAAAAGCGACUAAGGGCUUAGCCGAGCCCAGCAUUUCCCAAUCAACAGCAAACCUGGAUGACGAGGACGAACCUGCCGCCUCUGCAGAGGCCGGGGCGGACAUUUAUGAAGUUCCUCCAAGUCCACCUAGAGGAUCUGCACGAGCAGUUGAUCGUUCCGACUUGUCACAGGAAGACGUUGAAGCUUCCGAUUCACGGGCUACCUCACGCACCUCUGACACCGGCGAUGGACUGUUUGUUGAGCAAGAGGUUGAGAGCACAGAUGAGGAUGAGGAUGAGGAGCAACUAUACAACGAUCCGACCAUGGUUGAAUUGCCACCUUCUGCACAAGCUGGGGAAGAUGAUGCCGCCAGGGGUGAUACCGACUCCGAAAUGGAGCCACAGUCCAGGGAGGCAACUGAGCAGAUUCGUCGUUUGGUCGGUGACAUGAGCCCAUCAACUCCGGGCUCCUUCCCGGAGGUCGAUUACGCAUACCCGGACGAUUAUUUUAUCUUCCAUAAGCCCGAAGAUGAAGAUCGAUUGACCGCGGCGCCAAUCAAGUCACACUCGCUCAAGAGCAUCAAAGAGCUGAUGCACGGAGUUGGUUGGACGCGUUCUCGUGAUGGAAGAGCAGUUGACCUUACAACUGGGCCAGCGCAAAUGUCGCAGAGAAUCCAGCCUCUAUGGGAUCACAUUCAAGCACUCAACCACUUCUGGGACGGAGCACCUCGCGCGCCCCUGUUCAAUCAACAAACUGACUACUUGCAUUCAGAAGACGUGGUUGCGGUUGAUGCCAGGCUGACUAUCAAAGAAGUCGACAUACUUGUACACGACACGGCCAUGAAAGCGAAGAAGCCCAGCCGCGGCGAAGAAUCAGACAUGCCGCCCCCACGCUUCGUCAAGGAGCUGUCCGAAAAGAUCAUUCCUUUACUUGUAGUAACCCUUGGAAACGUAUUCCGCAAGGGCACUGAGCAUGAUAAAUCACAUUAUGCUGGACGAUUCACGAAGCCAAUGUUGCAAAUGAUGCACAGAGUGGUUGCUUGGAUUGAGAAGUUGUACUAUGGUAUGCUCUCCAAUCUGUCGAGGAGGAGGCAGAAGGAGCAGCUGCUAUCAAAGAGGCUCAGUCGAGAGAAGCUCGGCGAGUAUCUACGAGGCUUCAAGCUAGAGUUGGACGAGACCUGGGUCAAAACCAACCAGGCGAUCCAGCGGCAACGAUUUUACGAGGAGAGGUGGCUUGAGAGGAAGAGGAAGGAAGAGCUAGAGCGGCACGAGUACGAAGAGACAAGGCGGCGACAACGGGAGUUUUGCGACAGACGACUGGAGGAGCGGAUUGCUGCCGAGAAGGCACGAAGACAGGCGAGCUCUCCACAGCAAAGCAGACAUGAGAGACAGCAAGCCGUGCCAGUCAGUCGCUAUUCGAGGACAAGGCGAGGACCCGCGGACGCUGAACCAAGCAGGCCGUGGCCGGAAGCAGAUGCCAAGUGGCUUCUGCAGACAUUGACCGCGAGGCCAAACUCAGAUUCUGAAGCGCUCGCGACGAUGCUUAAACGCAGCGAAGAUGAUGUCAGGGCCAUGAUCAGACUGCUUAAGGAAAGCGCCAGAACUCAUGCAGCGUCGAGGGGUAAAGAGGUUCCGGCUUUUGCAGCGGUAUAA